CUAAUAUAAAAAGCUUGAUAAUAUCAAGUUUAAUUUAGUAUUUCAUCAUAAAAAGAAUUCUACACAAUAAAAUAUAUUUGAUUUAACAGUUUGAUAUAUAUAUAUAUAUAUACAUAGAAUAAUAAAACAUGUCAUCACGUAAUAGAUCAAGAGGUCGAACAUACUAUUCACAAGCUGGUGAACAUUAUGUGGAUAGCAAAUCUAAACAGUUACUCUUUCAAGAAGCUCCAGUUUGUACAAUGGGAAGAACUAUUUUAAAGGAUGGUGAACUAUUUGAUCCAAAUGCAGCUGAUACUUUAAUAGAGAAACACUUUAAAAGACGAAAAUCUCACGGUUCAAUGUAUUGUUUAGUGGACAGAGUAAGAUUUCAGAAAAGUAGAUCAACUGGUUCACGUUCAUACAGACCUGAUUUAACCUAUAGAGAAAUUAACCGCUUUUAUGAACACAGAAGUCGGCCUGAUUGUUUUACACUAGGAAUAGAAGAUGAAAGAACUGGGAGACGGUCCUAUGAGUCGUAUAAAUGUAAGCGGCCUGAAGAUGUCGCUUUGCUUCGUAAUACUAUACUUAAAGCGCAACAAGAUCCACAUUUUCUCUUGAAAGAUUCUACACCAAUCCGUCAAAUUUCGGUAUCACCAACAUACUACCAUGAUACUCCACCUCGAAAUGGUCCAGUUACAGUGAUUACUGUCCCACCAGAACACACGAGAACGUAUGAGAGACCAGUUCGCUCCCCAUCACCAGUGUAUAUUAGACCUGUGACAAGAACAAGUGUACGUUGCUCACCUACACCUGAAGAUGUCUAUGUGUAUCGAAAUAGUCGACCAGUCAGUAUUGAACGACGAUAUGAUACAAUUGAGCGAAAUAGACCACGUAGUGUUACAAGUUAUAGAACCACAUCUAGUCCAGGGAUGAAUGAUGAAGUGACUUAUCUUAAAGUAGACAAUCAAACAGGAGCUCAUAUAUGUCCUGAUGGUCCAAUAUACAUGUAUGUUUCAAGAUCAAGACAUGCAGAUGAUUUGGUGUCAUCACCAGACGUAUCAAGUUAUCAAACAACAAGGAGAAGCAUCUAUUAUAACAGAUAAGUUUUUUUUAUAAGACAAACCAUGUCACAGUUUUAGAGAAUAUGCAACAUUCAUUUUUUUCUCCUCUGUUUCUUCUCAGUUGACAAACAUUAAUAUGUUCAAAUAUCAUUUUUUAAAGUUCUUUAACUGAAUAUUCUCUAUACAUCCAGGAAAUGCUUAGAUCUACUUUAAGUCCAUGUUAUAUAUAUAUGGAAGAAAUGUAUUAUCUAGUUCAUUUUCGGAAGUUUCAUUUUAAUCUUUUUGUCUAUUUUCUACCUUUAUUUUAUUUUAUUGGUGUAUAUGAUAAGUAGUUUAGAAAAUAAAAGUGAAAAAAAACAAUCCCUCAUAUACGAACCCUAGUAACCAUGAUAUAAAAUAAUAAUUUAUAACAUUUAAUUUAAAGUUUUGAUAAUAAUUCCUUUUUCACCUGAUAACAUUCCUUCCUGAGUGUACUGAAACAAGGUGAUAGUAAUUGUAAAGAGUGAAUGAAGAAAAAUUCUUCUUUUGGUUUUAUUGUACAAUAAGUCUAUGAUUAAAUAUAAUAGUAGAUGUAAUUCACAAUAUCACUACUACUACUACUAAUAAUAAUAAUAA